GUCAGUUUUCCCCUUUGAACUCAAGGAAAAGUGAACGUCAUUUCAUUUGUUUACACCUGUUGCAAUGGCGACCAUAACAGAACUGAAAUGCGCGUUAAGAGAGACCCUGGAGUCUCGAGGAGUCUUGGGGCAGUUGAAGGCUCGCCUCAGGGCUGAAGUGUUCAACGCGCUAGAUGACCAGAGCGAACCCCGUCCCGCGCUGUCGCACGAGAACUUGCUUAUAAACGAGCUUAUCCGCGAGUACCUGGAGUUCAACAAGUACAGAUACACAGCCUCGGUGUUGACCGCGGAAUCUGGCCAACCUGAAGUUCCACUGGACAGACAGUUCAUGGCGAACGAGCUAAAGGUUGUGGAGGAUCCUAGUUCUAAAUCUGUGCCACUUCUCUAUGGCUUGCUGUCCCACUUCCUGAACAGCAGUGGUGACAGUGGACCGAAACUGUUCCUCAGGAGUUCGUCUGCUCCGAGUGGAACCAGAGAAGCCAACUCGCUCCCUGGAGCCUCUGACUUCUAACACAGCGGGUGAGAGAAAAGGGACAUUUGGGCCUUGAUUUUUGCCAAACCCAAAAUGUUGAUGGCUGUGAUCAUGCAGUCAGAAAUGGGUUGAAAGAGAUACCAUUUCUCCUUCUCAGCUAGUCGUCACUGCAGUGUGGAAGAAGACACAUUUUCUUCUGGAAAGGAAAUGGCCUGGACUUGUGACGAAAGCCUUAGUGGUGUGUUGCCAAAUCAGGGAACAGACUGAGCUCCUUAUACAUUCCUUAAGUGUCUGUUUGCAAGUUGAUCGUCAUCAGUGAGCAGAGAGGUUUUUGAUUGUGUUUAAAGUUGGUUGACUCUUUUGAUCUGCUUUUGUUUUAUUGUCAAUGUUGUCGUUCUUUUUUUGUACAAUAAUUGUAUGUGUGUGAAUGUAUUUAAGUCGUUAUAUAAAUAAAGUUGUUAUUGACACAA